AUGAUAGCAAAAUUUGGAGAGCCAACGAAAUUGCCACCAGGAUUAAUUCUUAGACUACCAGCUAAUUCAACAUUUAAUAAACCUACUGCAUUAUCAAAUCUAUUAGCCACCAAAAAUCCUAAUGCAUUGAAAUACCUACAAACUAUAUUAGCAGCACAGCAUAGUAGAAUUAUUAUAGGAGGGGCAUUUCAAGUGAUAUUAGUAUUUCCGCCAAGAUUAUAG